UAGACGACCUCUCCUCCGCAUCUCCGCCUUCAACCCCCCCACCCUCCCGACCAGCCUAACUCCACGCACCCCCAUCGCCGGGAGUUAAACAUCCACCUUUCUCCGACUACAUUACCACCAUCACCACCGCAACGAUUCUGACUACAUCACCCCCGCCUUCACUUCACCCCGAAAUAAAAAAGAGACAUCCGUCACAAUGAAUGUAGCUGAGGUCCUCGCAAAUACUCUCUCUCCAGAUGCCACAAUCAGAGAUAAUGCGGAAAAGCAGUUGUCGGCGGCUGCGGAGACGCAUUUCCAAGACUACCUGCACAUGUUGUCGGCGGAGAUGGCAAAGGAGGAUUCACAACAACCCAUCCGUGCCGCAGCUGGUCUCGCUCUGAAGAACGCGGUCUCCGUUAGGGAUCGAACACGUUUGGCCGAAUUACAGGAUAAGUGGCUCAACAAGGUCGACCCUACUGUCCAGGCACAGGUCAAAGAGAACGCACUAAAAACGCUUCAAUCCGAGAAUGUCCGGGCCGGUACUUCGGCUGCUCAGUUCAUUGCUGCCCUGGCCACAAUCGAGCUGCCCCGGAAUCAGUGGCCCGAGCUGAUGCCCGCCCUGGUGCGGAACGUCGGCGAGGGUUCGGAUGCCCUCAAGCAGUCAUCGCUUACGACAAUCGGUUACAUUGCUGAGUCUGAGGAUCCUGAACUUAGAGAGAGUCUGGCUCAGCACUCUAACGCGAUUCUCACUGCUGUCGUGCAGGGUGCCCGCAAGGAGGAGCCGAACGAGGAUGUGCGGUAUUCGGCGAUGGUCGCUCUGGGCGAUUCCCUCGAAUUCGUGCGGACAAACUUCGAGAACGACGGAGAGCGUAACUACAUCAUGCAGGUCAUAUGCGAAGCCACACAGAGCACCGAUUCGCGGAUACAAGCUGCUGCUUUCGGCUGUUUGAACAGGAUCAUGAGCUUGUACUAUGACAAGAUGAAGUUCUAUAUGGAGAAGGCCUUGUUCGGUCUCACCAUUGUAGGCAUGGGACGUCCUGAGGAUGAGGUGGCCAAAUUGGCGAUUGAGUUCUGGUGUACUGUCUGUGAGGAGGAGAUCAGCAUUGAGGAGGAGAACCAGCAGAUCCAGCUGGAGGGAAUGACGGAGUUGCGACCUUUCUUCAACUUUGCCGGGAUCGCCACGCGAGAGGUUGUUCCUGUUCUGCUCGAGCUCCUCACCCACCAGGACGAGGACGCUGCCGACGACGAGUAUAAUACUGCUCGCGCUGCCUACCAGUGCUUGUCCUUGUACGCUCUGUGCGUCGGAGGAAUGCUGAUCAGCGAUGUCCUACAAUUCGUCGAGGCCAACAUCAGAAGUGAGGACUGGAGAAAGCGGGACGCUGCUGUUUCGGCGUUUGGCGCUAUCAUGGAAGGACCAGAAUUUGUGCUGCUGGAGCCUUUGGUCAAGCAGGCCUUGCCUGUACUUGUCGGAAUGAUGGAUGACCAGGUCUUGAUGGUGAAGGACUCUGCUGCCUACACUCUCGGAAAGAUCUGCGAGCAGUGUGGUCUUGCCAUCGAUGCCCAGCUACAUCUCCCCAGCUUAAUUCAAGCCCUAUUCUCUGGAUUAAAGGAUAGUCCUCGGAUGGCGAGCUCGUGCUGCUGGGCCCUGAUGAAUUUGGCCGACCGGUUCGGCUACGACAAUCAGGACGGCGAUGAGGUGCCGUUGUCCAAGUACUUCAAGGACAGUGUCAGUGCUCUCCUGCAGACUACUGAACGCCAGGACGCCGACAACCAGCUCCGCACCGCUUCGUACGAAGUGCUAAGCUCGUUUGUUACCAACGUUGGCAACGAUGAACUCGGCUCGAUUGCCCAGCUGUACACCGUCAUCCUGGAGCGUCUUGAGAAGACGAUCGAGCUGAGAUCGCAGGUUGUCAGCGCCGAUGAUCGCAACGCGUUGGAAGAGAUGCAGACCAGCUUGGCUGUCGUGUUGACUUCCAUUACCCAUCGUCUCGACAAGGAGGUUAAGCCUCAGGCGGACCGCAUGAUGCACAUCCUCCUUCAGAUUCUGAGCAGUCUGCCACCGAAUUCGUCCGUUCCGGAUGCCAUCUUCGGAGCCGUCGGUGCCCUCGCCAACGCUCUCGAGGACGAAUUCGCCAAGUACAUGGAGGCGUUUGUUCCUUACCUCUACAACGCUCUCUCUAACCAAGAGGAGCAGCAGCUUUGCGCUAUGGCAAUAGGAUUGACUAGCGACAUCGCUCGCUCCCUUGGAGAGCUCGUUGCGCCGUUCUGCGACAACUUCAUGAACUACCUCUUGAACAACCUUCAGAGCAACACCCUCAGCCAGCAGUUCAAGCCGGCUAUCCUGCAAUGCUUCGGUGACAUUGCUCAGGCUAUUGCGGGCCACUUUGAGACUUACCUCGAGGUCGUCAUGGGUGUCCUGCAACAGGCAGCUGGUAUCUCUGUCAACUCGGACACUAACUACGAGAUGAUCGAGUACGUCAUUUCGCUGCGCGAGGGAAUCAUGGAUGCUUACGGUGGCAUCAUCAUUGCGAUGAAGAGUGGUGGAAAGCCGAACGUAUUGGCGCCUUACGUCCAGUCCAUCUUUGGCUUCUUGUCGGUCGUCAAUGCGGAUCCCAACAAGACAGAGGGAUUGAUGCGGGCUGCGAUGGGUGUUCUUGGUGAUCUUGCCGAAGCUUUCCCGAAUGGAGAAGUCGCUCAAUACUUCCGCGCCGAUUGGAUCACCACCAUGGUUCGGGAAGUCCGCUCCAACCGCGAUUACUCUUCCCGCACCAUCGAGACGGCGCGAUGGGCACGGGAACUGGUCAAGCGCCAGCAGCAACACAACGCUUAGACCCAGCAUGAAAGCAAUAAAACUCUUUAGAAGGCGCUCGGUGAGAGGCAUUGUGUGGUUUUUCUUUGUGCUAUAUCGGUGGGUUGGUUGGGGUUCGGUCGCCUGGGUGCUGUUCUUUGCUUUGCUUUCCGUGCAUCUUUGGUCCUGCUUUCCGUGUCUCCUAUUUCCCAUUCCGUUUCCUUGAGUUGUUAUAGGGAGGAGUUUUGUGCUCUAAUUCCUGUUUUUGCAUCUGCCCUGGCCCCUCUCG